AGAGACAACGAGAGAAGGAAAGGGGAGGAGAGGAGAGAGACAGCAGCGUCAGCUCCACUCCCCAGCGAGGACUAAACUUCAGGCGAGAAAUUUGGUGAGAUAAGAGACUAGAAUAAAAAACAUGGGCGCGGUAGAAGGAAACGGACUAUUAUCAUCAAAGAAAAAUCAAAGAAAAAUAAAUCAUUAGAGAGGAGAUCAUACAGAUGCGUCGAGGAUGAAAUGCAUGCGAGCUGAUAAGAAUCGUUGAAUGCAUCUGUGAUGUAAAGCCGAAUCAAUAAUUAAGAAAAAAGACUGUUCAGCCAUGACGAGCAACGCUGCUGUGUAAAAACAAACAGACAGACAAAAGAAAGUCGAUGUAAGGGUCCCCUCCUCCAUGUGCUCCCUCCUUGUAGGUGUGACAGAAACAACAAAGGGACGUGGAAAAAACUCGCAUCAGGACCACAGGCGGACAACAGCCCAGACAUAUCGCAGAGCACAAUAGCAGGGGGGCGCCUGCAAACAAGAGCAUGUCUGCUACUUUUGCAAUAUGCAGCAGUCUUCAUGUAAUUACAUUCCUCCUGGCGUCUCUCGGCUGCAACAGUCGGGAGUAUUUUUCAGUUCUGGCAGAUCUUCAGCCGACAUUUAGAAACGAAGCCGAUCAUUUGAGGACGCUCAAGUCCAGGCUGAGACGGAGCAAGUGUUAAAACCUUUUGAUGGGGAGAAGCGGGAGAGGCGCGCGCUGCCCAGAAUAAACUGAGGGGAAAAGCGCAGCGGAGAGGUGUGAAGUGAAAGUGGACGUCAAGGGUGGAGAGACCUGAGCUGAUUCCAGAGGUGAAUGUCUUUCAAAGGGCCCUCUCCAUGGAUAUAGACACAGACUAUGAGCGGCCCAAUGUGGAAACCAUUAAAUGUGUGGUGGUAGGGGAUAAUGCAGUAGGCAAGACCAGGCUAAUCUGUGCCCGGGCCUGCAAUGCCACCCUCACACAGUAUCAGCUGCUUGCCACCCACGUGCCAACCGUCUGGGCCAUCGACCAGUACCGUGUAUGCCAGGAGGUGUUAGAGAGAUCUCGCGAUGUAGUGGAUGAGGUCAGUGUGUCCCUGAGGCUGUGGGACACAUUCGGGGAUCAUCACAAAGACAGACGAUUUGCCUAUGGCAGGUCUGACGUAGUGGUGCUUUGCUUCUCUCUGGCUAAUCCCAAUUCCCUGCGCCACGUACGCACCAUGUGGUUCCCAGAGAUCAAGCACUUUUGUCCCCGGACACCCAUCAUUCUAGUUGGCUGCCAGCUGGAUCUGCGCUAUGCCGACCUGGAUGCAGUAAACCGAGCAAGACGACCCCUAGCCAAACCCAUCAAACCUACUGAUAUCCUUCCACCUGAGAGAGGCCAUGAGGUGGCCAAGGAACUUGGGAUCCCCUACUAUGAGACCAGCAUUGUCGCCCAGUUUGGAGUCAAAGAUGUUUUUGACAAUGCCAUCCGAGCCGCCCUCAUCUCCCGCCGUCACCUCCAGUUCUGGAAGUCCCAUUUGAAAAAGGUCCAAAGGCCCCUUCUCCAGGCACCUUUCCUGCCUCCUCGCCCACCUCGCCCCAUAGUGGGCAUCCCAGACCCCCCUCCAACAGACGGCGAGGGCCCUGAUUCUCUUUUCUGCCAUCCACUGUGCGCAGAUGUUCUUUUCCUCCUUCAGGGUGGUGCCACUCGUGUCUUUGCACACAAAGUGUAUCUGGCUACUUCCUGCUCCAAGUUCUAUGAUCUCUUUACCCUUGAUAUUGGUGGAUCAUGCAUGGGGCCGAAAAAGGAGGAACAGGAGAGCAAGGAAAACUUGGAGAGUGCGGAGGAAGAUGAGCAGAGCAGAAGAGGAGCAAAGGAGCAAGCUGGGCGCACUAAGAGCCUGGACAUUGAUAAAGACGGGGUUGAAGGAGGAGUGCGGGGCCUGAAUCGACCCCAGCUGCUCCAGCAGGGCUCUUUGAGGACUUCCCAGAGUGAUAAUGCACUCCCCUCUCGAGCCCACUACUCCCUGGGAGUACUAGGGACUGGUCGAGCACUUUCAGGAUGGGGAAGGGGGUUCCUGAGUGUGUGUCUGGAGCAUGUUGAUGAUCCCAUGACUGGACACCCACGACUCAUGACUGUGGUAGUGAUGGAUGCACUUAUACAGGAAGAACCAUUUAAGGCGGUGCUUCAGUACCUGUACACAGGCAGUCUGGAUGAGGGCAGAGGGGAUCUGAUGCAGGUGGCCACUAUCGCAGAGCUGCUCGAGGUGUUUGACCUGCGGAUGAUGGUGGCCAACGUUCCCAACAGAGAGAGCUUCAUGAACCAAGAGAUCACCAAGGCUUUCCACGUCCGCAGAGCCAACCGCAUCAAGGAGUGUCUCAAUAAGGGGACCUUUGCUGAUGUGGUGUUCAGACUGGAUGAUGGCUGCCUCCCGGCCCAUAAGCCCCUGCUCAUCUCCAGCUGCAACUGGAUGGCCGCCAUGUUCCGUGGCUCUUUCAUGGAAAGCUACAUUGAGGAGGUGUCCAUUCCUAACACCAGCACAGCCUGUAUGCGCGGGGUGUUGGAGUUCCUGUACUGUGGUCUGCUGACGCCUUGUCCUGGUCUGGAGCCCAUGGAACUAAUUGUUCUCGCCAACCGCCUGUGUUUGCCGCGCCUUGUCGCCCUCACAGAGCAGCAUGCUGUGGAUGAGCUUCUCCAGUUGGCAGUCAAAGGAGGUGACAUUGAUGGACAAGUGCUGGCUUACCUUGAGCUUGCACAGUUCCACAAUGCCAAGCAGCUAUCAGCUUGGUGUCUCCAUCACAUCUGCACUAAUUAUAACAGCAUCUGCCGCAAGUUUCCCAAAGACAUGAAGGCCAUGUCUCCAGAGAACCAGAGGCACUUUGAGAAGCAGCGCUGGCCUCCUGUGUGGUUCUUGAAGGAGGAGGAUCGCUAUCUGCGAUCUCAGAAGGAGCGUGAGCGUGAGGAGGAGAUCUUGCGCAAGCAACACACCAAACGGGGCUGGUGUUUCUGGAGACACCCAUCUUCCUCUCCGCACAUCUCCUAAAGGGUUUCCUCUUCUGACUUCUUCAUCCUGAUCUGGGUCAUCCCACCCAGGAUAACUAACCCCCCUGUUACGCGUAUAGAGGAGGUUGUCCUUGAACCCUCUAUCAGAGGAGAAAUGACUCAGUGCGAUUACGCCUGAAUGGCAGCAUGUUUGGGGGAAUGUAUGUGCCUCUUUAUAAUUGUGGGUGACUUCAUGAGUGCAUUUUGGUAUGCUCGUGUGAAAAGUGUGGACUUAAUUGAAGGGUAUGUGCGUGGAUGUGUGAGCGUAUGUUUGCGGUUGGUUGGCAUGAUUAAGUGAUGCUUCCGAGUUGAGUGCUUCCCAGACGCCCUGAUCUAUGAGGGCCUGCAGCAUUGCAGUGCGGUCCUGUGUCCCCUCCACACGAGCUCUGUCCCUCCACCAGCACUCACAGUGUCCCAGCCUUUGAGUGAUUGGACUGGGAGCAAGGGCUCUCUAUUUCUCUCAGUCUCCUUCCUUCACAUUGACCUUAAUGACUAUUACACAUUGACCACUGCAGCUCCCCUCAAGGAGCUUACCUCUGCCUUCACUUCUACACAGACUGUUAGCUUGCACAUACAGACCCGUGCAAAAGAUCCACACCUCUAAAACCAGCACUGGAUUCCCAGGAACUGACAAUUAACAAUGUAAUUAUUAUUUUUAUAUUAUUGGACCUUUUUAUUUAAUUUUAUUUUUUUUGCACCUUCUAGGACACUCUUAUCAGGGGGAAUGGCACACAUGACUCCUAGGAAGUGUUGAGGAUUUUGCUUGCCAUUGCAACGAUGGGACUGUUAGUGUAGAGUGCAAGUUUGGCUGUCAGGGCAACUUAAAAACCAUUAGCAACUUGGGAUGCUCCUGUCAAGAGGCUGUAUAAAAACCAAUAGCCUCCAGUCUGAUGUGGUCCUUGGUGUCCAUCCCCCCCCUUCACCUCCCACUCCGUCCUCCUGCACACCACACGUGUGAUAAAAAGCAAAACAUGAGCUCUCCUUCAUGGAUUCACCAAUCUGCUCUUCAGAGACAUUCAAAGUGACCACUCUAUAGCAAUGAAGGGGGUAAAGAGGGCUAGCCUUACUUCAUACCUCUGCCAUUGAGAAACUAUGGAUGCAGUAUUAAAAAGAAAUGCGCUUGUAACGUCCAUGACCACUUGGUUGCAUCGAAGCACCUCAGCCAGCCUGCCUUUACACCCCUACACCACAAAGGGGCAGCACUGCUCAGGACCCCGGCACUAACCUUCACACGAACUAACAGGAGUUUUUGUGCCUGUGAUUGCUUCACUCUAGUUUCAAUUAUUAACAUCAGUGUAACUUUAUUCCUUGAAGAGUGUUAGGAAAAGCUAAAGCACAGUAUUAUUAGUGCAUUUAAAACAAGGACUGUACCUAGGACUAUGGAUCAGCUGGGAAUUCUGAAUACCAAAGCUGUGAUUCUUUUGAUCUCUUUCUUCCUCGUUUUCUUCAUUUUUGCAUCCCUGCUUCCUGUAUUGGAAAGAAGGGAAAGAGGAGAAAGAAAGAAAGUGGUUUGUGGGAGAAGGAGGCAGUUUGAUGUAAUAUUUGAAUCCCUCCCCUGUGGUGUUGUUUUUAGUCUGUGGUGUCGGGAGAACUACUGGACAUUGCCUUCCAUUCCUCUUGCUGGAAUUGAAAAUGGUGCUUAAGACACAAUAAGACAGUGUCCACAUGAACACACAGACACACAUUGUGAUUUUUAUGUUUGCAGUUUUAGCGUUUGUCUAGUUGUUUAGUCUUUAUCUGCAGAAUAUUAAUGAUGGUAUUCAACUUAGACACAUUUUUUGAACCUUAAUUUUCCAUAUGCUAACAGUCUGUAAGAAGUUGUAAUAGGUCACUGAUUUUAGAAUGUGUAGAUUUCUAAUUUUACAUACAGUGGUCACAACUUUGUAAUGUAAGUCAAAAACAGUAUGAUCUGUUAUGCUUCCUUGACACCCAGGAAAAUAGUAUUGCAUAAAUUUAAUUUGAGUGUUGUCUCAAAGGAUUUGAUGUAUAACUGCGUAUGAGGGCAAAUCUGAUAUUCUCGUCAAGGGUGCUAAUUUCUUUGGGCUUUAGCACCGAAUGUGAAAAUGAGACUUUGUGGUGAUGAGUUUCUAUUAGCACGUUUGUUCUAUUUGUGGGUUUGCGCCCCUUAGCUUUACCCAGGCAACUGUAGGAGAUAGAUGGAUUGUGUGAGACAUGUGGUGCGUUCUGCCGUUCUCCAUAGGAGGCGUGUUAAAGUCAUUGUCAGCUACCGAAAUAGACAUCAGAUAGGAUCUCACGAGACCCAAGUGAGAAUUGAGCCGAUUCCUCUCUGAGAAGAGUAAAAGUGGAGUAAAAGUGAACUCAGCAUUACAUGCAACCUACAUAUUUUGGAAUUACUCCAUGGAUGUUUCAAAGUCAUCCCAGUGCGGGGCUUUGGGAAUUAAGAAAUGAGACCUAAAGAGGAGAAAGUUGGGGGACAGUUUUUGAUGGACUUCCAUGGCCUCCUUUUUGUUCCCCAUUGAAGGGAUGGCUGAUAAGAUUUGUCUUAUUGAUGGUUGGUGUGACCCAUUAAGCCUCUUCUUUUGGUCCAUGUGCCUUAUAGUUGGACAAAACUAAAAACUAGGGAUUUUAGCAAACCUUCAGACAUGUUCUACAGUGUUUGACAUGAUGGAUACAGCAAAUAAUGGCCAUGACAGUGAUAGAACUGUAAAAUAGAUUAUGGUGUUGCUUUAUGCACUCUCGACCAUUUUGAGUCAAUCAGGGCCAUGCGUGUGGAGAAGUUUUAGGCCUGCUGUUUGUUUUUAUGCAAACAGCCUUGAAUAAAACCCUUCAUAGAGUAUAGUGCAGUAGGUCGAUCUAAUCACAUGAUCUUGGGUUAGUGUUUUCUAGAUUGGAUAUUAUUUGGAUAUAAUAGGACUCACACCAUGGUUGGAAAUCUCCACUGACCAGGUGACUUAGAAGUAGCGUUAAAAAUGACUAAAAGGUUGAUUCCUGUACUGCAACUUCAAAACCACUGAUUUUUGGAAAGCAAAGCUUUUUAAUAAGCACUGGCUGGCCUGUGUGCUGGGAGAGUGCAGACACUUUUGGAAUGUGGUUUAUUUGCAUGGUGGCCUAACUUCGUCAUUAUAAUGACACUUGAUGUUGGAAUGCACUUUCUUCUUUUUUUGUCUAUGUUUUUACCUUUCCGUGCUUAGCAUGAAUUGUUCCUCUGUGAGAUUGUUUUUAAACCUGAUGAUUGUAGCACAUAUUUCCACAUAAGUCUUUUAAAAAUGUCAUACAACUUGCUCAUUGAGGAGCUGAAUAACAUGACUUAUCCAGCUUGUUUAAGGUCGAGUUGACACUGAACCCCACAGUAGCUCUCUUCUUGCUAUAAGGCUUUAUGCACAACUCAGUUUUACUAAAUAAACUCAGCACAGCUUAAGGUAGCAUCACUAAUUUUACAACUUUAAACAAUAUACUGGGACAUUUGACAGACAUUUACUUGGAAGACUCAUGCAGAUAACCUGUUGCUGUUGCAGCUGUCCUCCUUUGUGCUGUUACUGUAGUUACUAUGAACAAUCAAGCUUAUUCUUGUGAUUUUUAAGAUAUUGGUUACUGGCCAUUAAAACUGAAAAUCAAAAAAGGAUACAUUUCCAUUGAAAUCAAGUAUGGCAAUGCACAUAUUUUAAGAAUGUCCUAAAUGGCUGAUAGCCAAGUAUAAUGUUUGGGUUCAGCCUGUAUGUAAUGAGAAACUGGGUAAAGCAUGAUGCAUGUUUUUAGGGUUUGACAGAAGAGUCUGUAUAUACAGCAGUGUUUCUUAACGAUGGGGUCGGUUUCCGACCUGAUCUGGGGUCACUUGGUAUUGGGUAGUGGGAAAUUUCUAAAACUGACAUAAAAUGUUUAAUAAUAAAUUAAAUACUGUAGGUUUGAAAUAUGUCAUAAUUACUGUAUUUCUUUGUAUAUUUGAACAAACAACUAGCUCUCUAAAUUAAGUAAUGGGAAUGAAUUUUGUGGAAAAAAGAAAUGGAGUCAUGGGCCAGAUAAGGUUGAGAAACCCUGAUAUACAGAGAGGUAGAGAUGGAGAUGCAAAAUAUUAAACUUUAGCUUUAUUCAGCCCUCAAUAUUCGCUCCACACUGACCCCUACAGGCCAAAGUCACAUCCUGACGUAGGAUGUACAGUAGGGUUGUGUUAUUCACCUGGACUGUCUUGUUUCAUCGUAUCACAUCCGUUUUAGUGUGACGCUCUUCUGGUUUAUUUUACGGGGCGCUUUUCUUCCUUCUUAGCAGGCCUGACCUUCAUUUUUAAAUGUGAGGCCUAGCGACUGAGAGAACACCUUGUUUUUAGUCUUUGGUGUCUCCUUUCCUGUGCCUUCAGUGAAAUGUCACUCUUCUGGCUCCAUACAGGCUGGUGGCACUGCACCUGCAGCCUUGUGGGCUCAAAAAAUAAAGUCGAUUAAGCCAAGAAAUACACACGUGAGCACAGAAAUAAAAGUAGGCAGCUUUCUUUCUUGUACAAUAUCUUAGCAUAGUUACUGGGUCAUAGUGAUAGCUUCCAAUGAUAACAGAUAUGGAGCUUUACAAGUUCAGUAUGUAAAAUAUCAUCUAUGCUACUUAAAUUAUUUAAUGACCAAGAAACCCAGCAAACCAGCAGUUUUUAAACAAUGUUUUCGCACUCUUUCAGGUGCCUGCACUUUCUAUUAUGUAGCCUAAUACAGCUGUUUUGAUAAGUACACUAAGACUUUAUAUUUACCACUUUUCUUUAUCAAAAUUGAAAUAACUUAUUACUUUUCACUUUCUCUUUCUCUCUAAGCCAAAUUCAAUAGUGUACCCAAUUGCUUCCACUAUUUAGCUGCAAUGUACUUUUGCAAUCAUGCAUAAAGUCAGUGUAUUCUCGGUUGGGGAACAGCAUCUUUGGAUUACUGGUUGGAUUAAAGGCAGAUAUUAGCUGUGACAACUAUAUAUUAUGCUUUAAUGAAGAUAGUUGUUAUCCAAAGUACAGUGCAGUGUUGUAAAUUUGAGCCCCAGUUGGUUUUAACCUCUCACCUUAUAACUGCUCACCUCGCUGUAUUUACUGAGCUGGUGUAUACAUACUGUAUGCACAGAGAGGUCCAGGACAAGAACAGUGUUUAUAUAGACACACAUGGUGUGAUUAACCCCUGGUCUAUACUGUCAUUUUUAAGUGGAUCGUAUAUACUGCACUGUAUAGUAUUGUCAUGCACUUUUGUUUCCAUUGACUCGUAGGAGUUUUAUUAACAUUUACUGCUCGUGUUAUCAUGUGUAUUACAAUAAACAGCAAAAGAAAGAGCACACACACUCACAAAACUAUUAAGGGCUUUCAAGAAAAUAAACAACAAUCAGA